AUGCGCUUCUUUGCCCUUCUGCUCGCCACUGGCACGGCAGUGCUUGCUGCUCCAAGUGUACAAACCCGUCAAGCAGACGAAGUUGUUCCGGACCGCUGGAUCGUUCAGGUACGAGGCACUUCCGACAUAGAGAGUGUGCUCGCAGCAGCCACGGAUCUCCUUCGAUUGAGACGGCCUCUGGAGGCCGACUUGCAAUAUGAUAUCAACCAGGACUACAAGGGCUUUGUCAUCGAGGCCAACGAAUCCAUGGUCCGAGUUCUGGCCACUCUACCCGACGUUCUGGCGUAUGAACCUGAUGUCUGGAUGACGGGUGCAGAUGGCGCUCCUGCUGAAGAUUCUUGGAAGAGACAAGCCGCAUCAGGAGAAUGGGCCGCAGAACCUACCGGAACAUGGGGCACCCAGUCCUCACAGUCCCCAGCUGGUCUGAGUAGCGCAGAAGGUGGCUUUCAGGCUACAGCGCAGCAGAAUGUGUUCACACAGUCCGGAGCUGAAUGGCAUCUUGCUCGUCUGUCCAAUCGCCCACCAGGUAGUACAGACUACUCUUUCCAUGCAUCCGCUGGACAGGGCUCAGUCGUGUAUGUCAUGGAUUCGGGAAUUGAGAUUCGGCAACCUGAUUUCGGAGGCCGAGCUUUUCAUGGUGCAAAUUUUGUGCCAGGUGAACCCAUCUGGGAUGAAUUUGGUCACGGAACACAUGUGGCAGGUACCGUCAUGUCCGGUCAGUUCGGUGUCGCAAAGCUGGCAGAAGCUGUCAAUAUCAAGGUCUUGAACAGAAACAACCAAGGCCAGCUUUCGUGGUUCUUAGCUGGAGUCAACUGGGCUUAUCGCGACAUGUUCCGCACUGGUCUCUUUGGCCUUUCUAUUCUCAAUCUUUCCCUUGGUGGUCGCUCCAACGCACAGUUCAACGCUGCCGUGAACGCAGCGGGCAGAGAUGGUCUUAUAAUUGUGGCAGCAGCAGGAAACGACAACAUCGACGCAAGACAGAUCUCGCCAGCGAACGCCGCAGAAGUCUGUACAGUAGGCGCUACCAACAUCAACGACGACCGAUAUCUCUCUCAAGGAGGUGGAUCGAAUUUUGGUCCUGCAUUGAACGUGUUUGCACCGGGCGAGAACAUCACAUCGUACCUCCAUACUGGGCCCGGGGUGGCAGUUCCGUGGACGGGCACGAGUUUUGCUGCCCCUGCGGUGUCCGGACUUGCGGCAUACUUGGCUGUGCUUGUGAAUGGACAAUUUGACUCCAGACGCAUGUGCGAGUUUAUCAUGGAGUUGGCUACACCUGGUAUCGUUGGGCGACCGGGAGCGGGCUCGCCAAAUUUGAUGGCUAAUAAUGGUAUCUUUGGCUGA